UCGACUGGCCGUCCCGAGAGUGCAGAUGUUCGCUUUCGGUACAGUACGUGGAGCGUGUCUUUUAGGUCGCCGCGUCCCAACGGUCGGUCGGGUUUGACCGCUGCGUGUUUCUCUUCAACAGCUCGACAAUGCCAGCGACAUUCAGUGCCGGAGUUGUAACGAUCUUCCUCCUAGCUUCGUUAACAGCGUGCUGCUGCAAAGGUACCCAAGAGGAGUCCCUGCUUGCCAAGGCCGAACACGCUGACACCGACAACGUGACGACGGCUGGAAUCGCCGGGGCCGUGACGACAGCGGAACCCAGAAAUGACACAAGGAUCGAAGUGACGUCACAAGCGAACAGUCCUCGAGGCGGCAGUGCAUCCGUUCCGAAGGUAUCGUCGUCUGGAUGGGACACAGUGUACAAACUGCUGUACGAAACGUUCAGCUACCCGGAGGCAAAAGAACUGGAGGCCCUGCUCCCGCUGCCGAGCACCUACCUGACCCGGAAGCAGCGACGAGACAGGAAAGACGACGGCCGGAAAAAGGAACAGGAGCACGCCACGAGGGAACUGACGUACAGGACGGUGGGCAAUGACGAGGGCAGCGGUGACAACCCGAGCGACCCCAAGGACGGCGGCGCCUACGACGAGGGCGGGGAUCCUGGCAGCAGCGAGAGCAGCAGCCAGAGCGAGGAGGAGGAAGAGGAGGCGCGCGAAUCCGGGGACCCGUACGACGAGGACGAGGACGACGACGACGACUCGGAAAUGGCCGACGACGUCGUCAAACAGAAGGCCGCCUCCUCUUCGACGGCCGCGCCGUCCUCCUCCAAGGCGCACCGACGCACGGAGAGGUCGGUGCCUGCGACCGGAACCCUGCUUCCGCCUCCCAGGCCGUGGAGAGAGCGCGGGAAGGACUUCGGCCUGCCAGUGCCCGAGGACCGUUGGUCAAAGCAUGUGGCGGCCAAGCGACGCGAAGCACAACUCAUCCGCCGAAGCCUACAGGACCAGCUCAGGAUGAAAGCGCUGCAGUGGAGGCAGAAGGAGAACCACUUCCGCCAGCGUUACAAGCCGGCAGUGGCAACUGGAACCAUCUAACCGCUCACGGGUUUCUGUGUUUAAACUUUGGACUGAGCCCAGGUACACCCAAACGGAUGCAGAAACAAUGCUGCUGACAACCUUUUGACACCCUCAAAGCAGCACACUACCACACUCUUAAAAACGUCGCAUCCGUCUAAGCACACUUUUGACACAAAAUUGUAAUUGCCACAACUCAUUUGCAGGCUCUGUUUUUUUCUUUGCCACAACAUGUCGUGUUCACCCCCCAACAAGGGUAUUAUGGUAUACUUGCUGUGACAUAUUGCUAUGCGAUGCUGUGGUCCGACUUUUAGCUCCUUUUUGUCUUCACCGACUGUAGGGCUGCUAUUUCUUGAGUGAAGUAGAUGCUACAUUUCGAUGUUCCUGCAACUCCAAUGAUAAGGAGUUGCCUGAAAUACACACAUGCUCAGUGCCUGCAAGUAGACACUGGAAGUGCUUAGUCCUAAAAUUUCAGCUCGGGGAUACAGUCUGUAGAGAGAGAGAGAAAUGGGGUGGGGAAGGCAAGGAGGUUAACCGGAAUACAUUCUAGUUUGCUACCCUGCACUGGGGGAAAGGUAAGGGUGCAGCUGAUGUAAAUAACAUACAGCAUCUGCAUCUGAUGGAUCGGUAUCCAGCAGGAGAGGUGAACGAACGGAAAUGUCCCUAGAUUGACGAUUUUUCUUGUGUGACAAAAGAACACCCCUCACUAACACAUGGUGCACAUCUUUUUAGAGCGCCAAAAUUCUAUGGCGUAGAGGGCACUGUAGUGCACCCUUCAUCCCCAAGAAAGGAUGAUGUAGUAAUGAUGUCAUUACAGGAGGUAUGGCAGCCUGAGUGCCAUGCUUUGGUAGGUGUCGGCACAAACAUUCAGGUGGCACAAAAUUGCAUAUAGAACAUAAAAUAGGGCAUACCUCAUGGCUAGUACAAUUCCCAAGUGAAGCAAGCAAAUGUAGAAUGUGCUUCUUAACAGCUUCUGAGGAAUGCCUUGAUGCAAUCCCAGCAGUGCACAGAUAUAUAAAAGCAUGACUGUUGAAAUUUCUGUAUCCAAUACCAGCAACCUGGUUACAGUUGCCUAGCAGGAAACUGCACGAGGCCUAGGCAUCAAGCACCCAUGCAUUAAACCUUGUAUUCUGGGUGGUGAGAGAUUGCACGCCUAACUGCCAUCCAGGAUAACACAAGUCCUUGUGCAGUUGAACCUCGAUACAUAACAAACAUGGAUAUGGUUAAUUAUGGCAUAUAAUAAAGUAAAUUAUAAAAUAUUAUUGCCUAAAGUUAGCAUAUAGCAAAUGUAUAUGCUAAUAUCCAAUAUCGGAUGUGAAAGUCUUCUUCCUUGUGUUGGAUGUGGCUCUGUUAGAAUGAGGUUCAAGUAUAGCACUUUCGACUCCUGUCCUGUGCAGGCAUCUAUUGAAGUCAUUCUCAAGCAUACAUUUCGUUUUCAGCAAAGCUCUUUGUAUAUUUGUCAAGUGCAGUGGUGAGGGACUGAAGUGUUCAUUCUAAGACCAUCGCACCUUUCACAGGUGCGUCGCCGUUACCUUAUGGUAACACGAUUCAGUGCAAGUCGCUAUCGCUUGUGUAGUUACGUGUGCACGUAAGCAUUGCCGAUAGAAAACAAACCUGCAUGCACUGUUGCAUAAAAAGUGGCCCUGGUUACUGCUGUGUGACAAAUGUACCCGCCGAACGAUAGCAACGUUAAACACAUUCCAGCACAGAUGUACCUUUCUAUAGCAUAAAUAACCAUCAUUAUUCUUAACCACUUUUUUUCCUUUCACUAGCAGUUUAUGUGGACUUCGGACUAUUUUUCUAAUGCUAUGUAAUAUUGGCGACUACAUUUAAUAUGCAACCAUACCUUUGGUGUGGCGUUGGAGCGUCAGUUCGACCUUUGCCAGAAGUCAAAAUAGAAAUGCAUUCUUCGCACUAGUGAACCAUGUCACUACAAAGGAAGGAAGUGCCAGGGGCUUUAGAAGCCUUCCUCUGCGCUCUCUUGUAGGCUGGCAUAUUGGUACAGACAUACACCACUGGCCCGCUAAUUUGGCCACUCACGCUUGGAAAAGAUCACAAAGGGCCUAAUUAACAAUCAUUGUAACAUAUAUUGAGAGAAACUGAGGAAUCGAGAUGCUGCACCAUCAAAGUCUAAACACAAUAUGACAGCAGCACUUGUUAAACUGUUACCUCAUUAAACUGCGGUUCCUGUGAAGGCUACAUUUUGUAACAGUGUCCACCUUAUCUAAUUAGUGGUAGCACAAUCCGCAAAAGAAACUGGAUAUCACGUAAUUGUGCACAGACUACACUCAGACGCACUUAGCAAUGGGGCACCAUGUUCCGCACAGCUGCACGUAAUACACACACCUUGCUUGCCACAAGUGGCCAGUCAGCUGCGAUGUUGCACAAAACAUGUUUGCGCAGAACACAAGCAUGGUAACUCAAACUUUUUUAAAAAUUUAUUUAUGGAGUUAAAUGUCCCAAAGCAAAAGAGGGGCUACAAAGGACAGAGUGGUGGAAUAACUUUUACUACCUGGAUUCUUUAAUGAUUUUGCAAAGCUCCGUUAUACAAGCAUUUUCACUUCUAAGUGUGAGGACAGUUAUGCUUUAAGACUACUACCAAGAAUGAGGUGGAUGUCAGUGUCCUAACCGGAAAAUGACAUUAUCAAGAGAUGGUGCCUUCGCAAUGACAGAAUUGCCUAUUUUAACAGUGACCAAUCACCCUGAGGCAUUAUAGUAUAUUCAACAACCUUUUCAUUGGUGUGCUUCCCAUCUUUGAUCUAAACAUCAUUAAUUUUUAAGUUUUAAUUCCUGGUGAUUUGCACAUUUAAAUCAAUCUCAUACUUUCUGUGUCCUUUUUUUGUUUCGACAAUAGAGUGAACUUUGGCGACCCUUUCAAUAUAGGUGGUCUCACUAACUCAUUCUAGGUAAUGUGUGUGUGACAGUUCUUGCAUGCCAGAAACAAAAUGCCAGCAAUUCGCGCAUGUGUGCAAAACUAAAGGAAAUAAUGUGAGGCUGCUGCCUAUACGUUAAUGUAGUCAAAGGCUUGAAAUGGUUCAGCGGCCACCUACCAAAUCAGUGGCCUAGCCAGUGCUUCAGUGUAAGAGCGCUCCCAGAAUGUAUGCUAAUUCCUAUGAAAACAACGGGGAGGAAGCCGUGAGCAGGUGAAAAACAUACUCUUAAAUCAACACCAGGCUGAAAACACCCGGCAAUGUCCCCACUGUGCCACUGCUAUCAAUUACAGGCAUGGCAUCAUUUGUUCGAAAUAUGACACCAUUAUAUGAAGGUUUAAAUGCGAGUAAUGACAUUACUGUCCAGCUUGAUAUAAAACAAGUGGAUUUUAGCAGGUCCGGCAAUGCAGAUGGCACAUACAAGGAAUGUUCUAUUGAACUUUUCCUUAGGAAAAAAAAAGAAAGGAAAGGUCCCUUGAUGGGGCCUGUAAGAUACUGUAAAUAAAUAAAAUGGUGGAAUCCCCACAAAGACUAACAGUCAAGGGUGAAUUUGCAAAACGGAAAAAGAUGUUCGAACACUAAGAGAUGGCUUUGUCCUGUGGUGGACAUAAUGUGGCUGAUGAAGAGAAUGAUUGUGACCGACUGAAAUUUCAUGGUCAAGCAUGUUUGAUGUGCCCAAUGCUUGGCCACUCGUGAACAGGGGUUGAUUGUUGGGCUAGUUGUCUUUCCAUAACUGAACGUGGCUUCCCCUUACCCUUCCCCUUUUCAAUAAAGUUUAUCACCACCACCACCUCCAUAACUGAACAGGUAGCUCAGUGCAAUACGAACCACAGGCACAAGAGAGGAGUACAAAGCCACGUGCUAGCCUUCUUUCUUGUGUCUGCAGUUUUUGUUGCACCAAGUUUCCUGUUCAGUUAUUCGUAAACACUUUGCUUUCACUUGUGCCUCUGCACUUCUGCUCUGUACCCCCUCACACGGAAACUGAACAGCGCUGGAAUGGAGCUUUCGUGACACAACAAAAUCAACAGAAGUGUUACGAAGCAUGAAAACGCAGCAGGGGGGACAACAUGAGGAGCAAUUCACUUGUUGACUUUCAAGCACUCAUCAUCGCAUGCACUACCAUGAGAGUCUCGCAGGCAGCAUGCAUGGGCUGUUCCAGUGGUACGAUUCCCCACGAAACUGAAGAACUGCCUUCUAUGCGCACUCGGACAAGAAUGGUUUAAUUAUUGGAGAGAGGUGCAGCCUUGUUGCACCUUCCGGUCAUAUUUGCUCUGUUCACUGAAAGAAGGAUUGUUGAGGACAGUGAGCCACAUUUCGAAAAUGCUAAGAACUAAUGACAUACUCAGCAGCGCACAGCUACGUGGUUAAUGAAAAAGCUAGCCAGCUACCUAGGUCACAUCACAUCUGGUGCAGAAAUUGCACCUCGGUCUCCUCUCUGCAUGCUGACACUGCCUUUUUUCUCCAUCAAUCAAACUCUUUAACAAGUGACAUGUGUGAGCUGAGCAAGCUUAUUAAAAGGUAUUUUGCUGAAACCGCAAUGCAGUGCAGAUGCAGGCUGAAAUAGGGCAGCGAAUGACCAAAGUGCUUGCUCGUAUCUCUGCAAAGAAUCCUCUCUGUGCCAUAAUUGUAUUUUGGAAGCAAAGUUCAGGAUUGUUUAGUGCAAGGCUGUGCCAUAUGCCACACACUGUUCAGUUAUGUGUUGCUCAUCAACAUCCAGUAUCAGCACUGUAUUAAAUGUAGCUCACCAAAGCUGGUCAGUGUGCCACCAAUUCCACAGCACUUUGGUUACUGAAACCAGCGACAAAUGGUGUGCUCCACUUACUUCAUAAGUAGUGUAACCCCACAAUUGCAUCUGCCCCUUUGCCCUUUAGAAAGGUUGUAUCACUUGUCAUCAAGUAACAUAAGUUGACUGUGAAGCCUGCUUUACAAGAGCACAGCCGUGCACAGCCACGAACAUUAUGAAGGGGAACACAGAACUUAUUUUCAAGCAACAAUACUGGCGACACAUAGAUUAACAUCCUCACGUGUGCCCUAGUGUUUCUGCUGAACAUUUAGACUCGCUUCAGCGAGUCUAAAUGUCUUCAGCAUCGAUUCUUGGCCGCUAUGGCCUCUUGAAUGCAAAUUUUGUGUACUCUGUCAUAAUGUUCACGAGAGCACAGCUAACACCAUGUCAACAUUGUGAUGGCAGGAACACUUGCUUGAUGUACCAAAGGGGGGUACCUGCCUAUGCACAUGUUUGCCUUAACGACAUAAAUAUGUGUGUGGCUCACACGUGGGCCAGGUGCAAUGUUAAGUGUUGACACAUAAUGCUUGUGCAACUGUUAUUGUGCAGUAUACACACACACAGAAAAAAAGAUGCCACCUACAUGCCUGCAUACAUCUGCCAACUACUAGGCGUCCUGGUGACAUUCUUGGCUAAGCAAGGCAAAAGUUCACAAUGUUCGACAAGUUACUUGGACAGAUCACCAGCAAAGCAAGGCACUUUCCAUUGAGAGAAUUAAGGCGUCCUGACACAAAGUGAAGAUGGGAAUUCAGGGGCAGAGUUUUUCAACAUCUGAAGGAGGCCUUUCAUAAUUGCUUUGAAACUGCGCAUCUAGAUUUGCAUUUGGGACAGAUUUUGUGGCAGACCUAACUGCAGAGAGCUUACUUAACGACUCCAUAAUAGCCUCUAUUGCACAAUAGGCAGCGCUGACAGCUGGGCAAGUUGAAUGUAUUAGUGCCACACAUUAACACUAGAGUUGGAACUGACGAUGCGAACUACGCAUGACGAACGUUGGAGGCAGCGUUAGUUCGGUGCAAUUCGUGUCGUUUGUGCCAUUUUAUAUGCUGGUCAAUGUACCUCAAGGUCAUACUGCACCACUAGUAGCAACUGCGCCUUGAAUACAUGCACAUUAACACUCCGAAUUAUAGCUCCGCUGUCACAACAGUCCUCAAAGAAUGGGAUGCGGCCUGCCAAAACCUGUGGCCGUAAAUGAUGGUUGUGACCCACAGAAGCCUCGCAUGGCCAAAAUUAUGGACUAUAUGCUUCAUCGUCAUGUUGUCUGCGCGCUGCACGUGCAAUUUCCAAGUGCUUUGCAUCUGUCUGUCCCAAGCAUUUUCGCUGUCUUUUGGCUCUCCAGGCUUGAAUCAAUGCUCUGUACUGCCAAUGUACAUGGAAAUGCAAGAAGCAAUAAAACAAACUAUUCUGCCUCUGAAA